AUGUGGAUUCCCUUCCUCCUGAGCUGCCUGCUCUACACCCUGGGGAUAGUGGCACAACCGAGGUACCUGAUCAUCAUUCCAGCUGCCCUGCCCUACCCCUCAUCCCAGAGGGCAUGCUUGGACCUUCGUGGUGUUGAAAAGCCUGUUCGUGUGGCCUUAACUCUCGUGCACCCAUCUGGCAACCUCAGCCUGUACCGCAAGGUCGUCCGGAGUGACUGGAUCUUCGAGUGCACCAGAUUUCAGGUGCCCCGACCUGCAGGCAGCCAGGAGGUGGCCACUGUGCACCUGAGCAUCUCCAAUGGCCACUACUUCAGUGCAAGUGAAGAGAAAAAGGUCCUGAUCCGCAGGGCUGGAACAGGCACCUUCAUUCAGAUGGAUAAGCCCAUCUAUAAUCCAGGCCAGACAGUGAAAUUCAGGAUUGUGACACUGACUGAAGAUUUUGCUCCUGUUAACAGCAAGUACUCCAUGGUGGAAAUCCAGGACCCAAACCAAAACCGCAUUGGCCAGUGGCUGGAUGUGAGACCAAAACAGGGCAUUGCAGAUCUCUCUUUCCAGUUAGCUGAUGAGCUCUCCCUGGGGACUUACACCAUCAGUGCCCAGUCCUUUAGGUCCAGCUCAGUCCAGUCCAGUACCUUUAAGGUGGAGGAACGUGUGUUGCAAAAGUUCGAUGUUUUCUUCGAGGGACCAGCUCAGAUUUAUGCUUCAGAUAAAACCUUCCCACUGCAAGUGUGUGGCAGGUACAGUUUUGGGAAAGCAGUGCGAGGGACCGUGCACGUGACUCUGUGCCAGAGAGCAAGGAGGUGGCCCCAGAAUGCCAGCAAGGACAUCUGUAGGGAAUACAGCGGUCCCACAGCAAGCAAUGGGUGUUUCACCCCUUCUGUCAGCACAUCAAUCUUCAAUCUGACUCCCAGCGAGGAAGACAACAAACUUUAUGCAGAAGCCUCUCUCCUGGAGAUGGGCACAGGGGUGCAGAUCAACACUUCCAGCCAAAUCCUCAUCUCCAGGACAGCUGCAAGGGCAGUAUUUGAGACACCCAAUGAAUAUUACAUCCCUGGAGUACCAUACAGGGGGAAGAUUAAGGUUCAGGAUCAUUAUGGAACUGGUAUGAAGAACAGGAAGGUUUAUCUUGUGAUAAGGGUCAUGAGGCGUCGGUUUAUCAAAACGUACAUCACAGAUGACAGUGGAAUAGCAUCGUUCAACCUCGACACAACUGCCUGGAACAGCUCAUCAGUCUCUUUGGAGGGGAGGUUCACACUGGAGGAGUUCAUGCGCGCUCCUCGAAGGACUGACUUCAGUUACACGAACGCUUACCAUCACCUGCAGCCCUUCCAUGUCACAACCAAGAGCUUCCUGGACAUACACCCACCCACAGAAACACUGCCCUGUGGGCUGAAGCAGAACAUCCAGGUGACCUUCACACUCAGCAGGGAUGACCUGGGAGAAGACACCAGCCGUAUAAGUUUCGCAUAUUAUGUCACUGGCAAGUCUGGAAUUGUUGUCAGGGGCCAGAGGAAUAUCCAGAUCGGGAAACUGAACAUGUUGAAGGGCUCGUUCUCCAUCCCUUUGACCUUCUCUGCCGACUUGUCCCCAUCACCUUCCUUAGUGGUAUACGCCAUCUUCCCCAACGGAGGGGUCACAGCUGACAGCAUCCGUUUGGAUGUUGCCUUGUGUUUCCAAAACCAGGUCAAGGUAGGAUUCCCAGAUAAAGAAGUUCACGCAGGGUCAGCAGUGCAGCUCCAGCUGCAGGCAGCGCCCGGCUCCCUGUGUGCAGUCCAGGCAGUGGAUGAAAACAUGUUCUUCACCAGACCAGACCAUGAGCUGACCCGCCAAAUGAACAUGGGACUGAAAGUGUUCUCAAACCUUGUAAUCAAGAAGCCCCCUCAAUGCUCCCGUCGGAUGGAUAGGAAGCCAGUUGUAGGGGUGCCUUCUGCAGAAGACCAAACAAUCAAUGAGGAACAACCCCAAUUUACAACUCACAGAAGAUUUCACCACUAUUUCCCUGAAACUUGGAUCUGGAAUGUGUACUCUGUUGGCUCCAAUGGCAGCAGGAAUGUCUCAGUCACAGCACCUGCUGCUGCUGCAGAGUGGAAAGUCAAGAUGUUCUGCUUGGCUGGGAGGGGGUUUAGCCUUGCCCCGACCAUGAGUCUCAGAACAGUUCAGUCCUUCUUUGUGGACAUGACACUACCAUAUUCCGUCAUCCGUGGGGAGACCUUCCUGAUGAAAGCCACUGUCUUCAGCUACCUGCAGCAGUGCAUAGAGAUCCAGGUAGCCCUGGCUAAAUCCUCAGACUUCCAGGUGGAGCCAUGUCAGACUUGCAGAGACAAGGAGUGUCUGUGUGCAGAGGAGUCCAAGACCUUCAUGUGGAAUGUCACAGCAGUCCAACUGGGGACUCUGAACAUCUCAGUGAGGACAGAGGUACUGGACACCACGUCACGGUGUAGGGGCAGGAAGCCUUUGCCAGCUGCUGUGAGGGGGAGGCACACACUGACCAAACGCUUGCUGGUCCAGCCAGAGGGUGUGUUAGUGGAGAAGUCCUACAGCUCCCUUCUGUGCCCAAGAGGAGGAAACGUGGCUGAGGAACCCGUGUCCCUUCGUCUCCCUAACAACGCAGUAAAGGCAUCUGCCAGGGCUUCCAUUUCUGUCACAGGUGACCUCAUGGGGAUGGCACUGCAGAACCUGGACCACCUGGUGCAGCUGCCCCACGGCUGUGGGGAGCAGAACAUGGUGCUGUUUGCCCCCGUUGUCUAUGUGCUGCAGUACCUGGAGAAGACGAGGCAGCUGAGCCCCGAGAUCAAGGACAGGGCAACAGGAUUCCUGCGCAAUGGGUAUCAGACACAACUUCUUUACAAGCACACAGAUGGCUCCUACAGCUUCUUUGGGCAGAAGGAUGGAGAAGGAAACACUUGGUUGACAGCUUUUGUACUCAAGAAUUUUGGCCAAGCCAGAAAAUACAUCUAUGUAGAUGACAAGAACAUCCAGGAUGCCCUACGCUGGUUAGAGCAAAACCAGCUCCCCAGUGGCUGCUUUGCCACCAAAGGGAACUUUUUUCACUCCUCCCUGAAGGGCAGCAUGGAUGAUGACAUUUCUCUGGGGGCCUAUGUCGCUGCAGCACUGCUGGAGAUGGGUCUGCCACUGCAGGGCAAGCUGAUGCAGACUACUCUCCACUGCCUGCAGAAGGUGGUUCACAACAUCACCAACAUCUACACAGAAGCCUUGCUGGCCUAUGCCUUUGCCCUGGCUGGGGAUUAUGAGACAACCCAGGAGCUGCUGUACAAACUGGAGGAACAGGCCAUCAAAUCAGGAGGACAAAUCCACUGGAGCCCCAAGCCAAGCUCUCCAGCUUCCACUGACUUCUGGCCUGGCACUCAGUCAGUGGACAUAGAGCUGACAGCCUACGUGCUCCUGGCGUACCUCUCCAAGCCACGGGUGCACGCCGGCGACAUGACAACUGCAGCUGGCAUUGUGGCCUGGCUGACGCGGCAGCAAAAUGCCUACGGGGGUUUUGCCUCCACCCAGGACACAGCUGUUGCCUUGCAAGCCUUGGCGAAAUACGCAGCGAGGACGUUCAGCACCUCAGGCCAGGCAGUGGUGAGGGUGAGGUCCCCGAGGGCCUUGGGGAAGGCAUUCCAGGUCAGCCGGCAGAAGCGGCUGCUGGUGCAGCAGGCAGCGCUGCUGGAGAUCCCGGCGCAGUUCCUGCUGCAGGCCCACGGCAGCAGCUGUGUCUCCGCUCAGACAGUGCUGAGGUACCACGAGCUUUCCCCACGGACUCCUGUGAUCUUCACGCUGCGUGUCAGCACAGAGCUGAGCAACUGCAGCCAGGCGAAUCCGCGCAUCCUCACCGCCCGCAUCCUCGCCAGCUACAUCGGGAGCAGAGUCACAUCCAACAUGGUGAUCAUAGAGGUCUCCCUGCUAUCCGGAUUCAUCAUGACUUCCAGAUCCAGAAUGUUGCUGGAGAACAGAACAAUUGUUAAGAAAAUAGAAGUGAAAGCUAAUGUGGUCUACAUUUAUCUGGAGAAGCUCAACGAUGAAUCUCAGACUUUUAUUCUGCAACUGGAACAAGUAAUUCAGGUGAAGAACCUGAAACCAGCCAGCAUCAAAAUCUAUGAUUACUACCAGCCAGAGGAGCGAGCCUUGGCUGAAUACAAUGCUGUCUGUAGUUGA